CACACCUAGGUUGCUGGAACCAUGUCCCUUAUGCCCAGGGACCCCUUCCCUUGGGCAGUCGUGACCUGUGCCCGCAAGUAGAAGCCACAGGUGUGAGAUGUGGGGGAUGGCCAGCUAUGGCUCUGGCUGGGAGGUGGUCUGCCAUCCCCACUUCCCCGGCUCCUGGGGGUCCACUGUCCUGGCAGGCAGGGUGGGCUUAGCUGACCAGCCUGUGGUGACUGGUACUGAGGCUGGGCAGGGCCCGGGAGGUAAUGCCUGCGCCCACCAACUCUCUCCCUCCCAGGACUGUCCCCGCCGCCGGGCCGUCAUCCUGAAAUUCAGCCUUCAGGGCCUCAAGAUCUACAGCGGGGAGGGUGAGGUGCUCCUGAUGGCGCACGCCCUGAGGCGCAUACUCUACUCCACCUGGUGCCCAGCUGACUGCCAGUUUGCCUUCAUGGCCCGAAACCCCCGGAGCCCGGCCAGCAAGCUCUUCUGCCACCUCUUUGUGGGCAGCCAGCCUGGAGAGGUCCAGAUCCUGCACCUGCUGCUCUGCCGCUCCUUCCAGCUUGCUUACCUCUUGCAGCACCCUGAGGAUCGGGCGCAGCCUGAGCCCUGCCUGGGGCCUGCAGGGGACGCGCCCCUGAAGCCACUGUCGAGCCCUGGGGGCCCCCCUGGCCUUGUGCGGGAACCCUUCGGCCGUGAUCAGCUGUCACAGAAUGUUCAUGCACUGGUCUCCUUCCGGCGGCUGCCAGCAGAGGGGCCCGUGGGCAGUGGGAAGGAGCUGGCAGAGUUGGAAGGGCGUGGGGGUGCCCGCCACACCCGCCUGGGGAACCCCUACUGCUCCCCGACGCUGGUGCGCAAGAAGGCCAUUCGCAGCAAGGUGCUGCGCUCCGGGGCCUACCGCGGCUGCACCUACGAGAGCCAGCUGCAGCUGUCGGCGCGGGAGGCCUUGGAGGGGUCAUCGGUGGUCUCCACAGUUCCUGCCGCAUGGGAGGCGUGGCCCCGGGGUCCCGGUGGCCCCUCGUGCCUGGUGGAGAGCGAUGGCAGCCUGACGGAGAACAUCUGGACCUUUGCUGGCAUCUCCAGGCCCAGUGCCCUCGCCCUGCUGCGGAGAGACGUGCUGGGGGCCUUCCUGCUGUGGCCCGAGCCGGGCGCCAGCGGCCAGUGGUGCCUGUCGGUGCGGACGCAGUGCGGCGUGGUGCCCCACCAGGUCUUCCGGAACCACGUGGGCCGCUUCUGCGUGGAGCACCUGCCAGCCGAGUUCCCCAGCCUGGAGGCCUUGGUGGAGCACCACGCGGGCACUGAGCGCAGCCUCUUCUGCGCCCUGGACAUGGGCCGCCUGAACCCCAGCUACGAGGAGCAGGACUGCGGGCCCGAGGGCAGGCCUCCCCGGACACUCCGGCCCCUGGGCCAUGCCAAGUCGGAGGCAGAACUGCAGGGCCUGGGCUAAGAGGCUGGGCCCCACGCCAACGGCCCUGCCUCGCCCUGGCUGCCGGGCCUCAGCAGGCCACUCUGUCCUUCCACCCCGCUGGUCACCUGUUCCAUCCAGUCACUCUGCCUCUUGGACCAGUCUUCCAUCACUACACCACCCGUGGGGGGGAGCCCUGAGAUUGGGGAUUGCCAAUGGCUUCUCGCAGGGCCUGGGACCUGUUGGGGUUGCCGGAGGGGCAGCUGGAGCUCCAGGCUUCUGUGAACUUGCUGGGUGACUCUGGAUGCUUGUCAUCUCUGGGAUUCACUUGGCUCCUAGGAGGGGAGCUCUCUGAGGUGGGCCAGCAGGUACGUUCACGAUGGAGGUGCAGCCGGGGCCAGGCCUGGGGCCCUGCCUGGGAGUCCUCAGAGAGCUCCCGACUCGUUUGGGAGAGGUGUUUGGGGAGCCCGGAGCAAGUGCUCACUUUGGGUAGAGGCCUGGGGGGAGCCGCCCUCUCCCCGGGAGCAAGCAGAGAUGACACAGCAGGGCUUGUGGCCACAUCCGGGCAGACAGACAGAGCCCAGCCUUUCUCGUGUCUUCUGGGGGUAAAGGAGUCUUCCUGUGAGUUCUGAGGGACCAGGGUUCGGAGGCCGCAGAAAGGGCAGGGUGGACGGAGAGCCAUGCCACCCAAAGCCCACAUGCAGGUGGCCACUGUGUGCAGGUGGACGUGGAGCAGCAGAGUGCAGAAUCUCAUGCGUUGCUUGGGAAGGUGGGUUUGUCUCCACUCAGAACCACAGGGUUGUGAUCCCUGCUUGCUCGGAGCGCAUGUCCUGGUGCCAUCCCCGUCCCCAAGCCCCUGAGACCCACCAGGAUGCGCACGCACCCAGGCUCCUUUCCUUGGCCGUUUGAAUGGGAGGGGCCAGCAGUGAGUCACAGGGAGGCCCUGCCCCCUUGUCCUGCAGGCCAGACUGCGUUUAGUGGCUGUCUGGGAAGCCCCCCGACGGUGGCAUUUUCCUUAAUAUGGCACUGGCCAUGGCUGUCAGGGGCCACUUCACUAGGCCAGCCCCAUUGCGGAUGGGGUCAGAGCAAACCUUCCAAAGACAGAACUGAUGGAGGCCCUGCCAGAAGGGGCUUGACCUCAGUGGGCAGUGGGGGGCCUGGGGGUCUGGGAAGACAAUUCUCGUCUAAUGCAGUGGCCCUGCAGUGACCGAGAGAUCAGGCGUCCCCCUUUAUAGGUAAACUUGACAGGCUGACUUGAAUCUACCGACUAGAGCUGGGGAGCAAGUUCACUGAACGGACUCCUCUUCCUGAGGCCCAGGCCUCCUGGCGCAUCUGGGGCUGCCCCUCCCUAUCCGUGAGUGGGCUGUGCCUGUUCGGCGCCUUGAAAGUCAGACUUCUGGCUCCUGGAAGGAAGAGGGCAGCCCCACAGAAGAGAAAGAAGGUGGAUCCUGGGGAGCUGGGGCCCCCUGCCCAGGAAGUGGUCUUGGCUAGGGACCUUGUCACUCUCGUCACAGGGGUAGGAGGAAGCAGUUCCCUGGGGGUCUUUUCCCUGGACCCUCAGCCCUGAUUUUAUACUGAAUGUGAGUGGGAGCCAGGACUCAUUUUAUGGCCAUUUCUACUAAAACCCGUCUCCUCCCUGGGCACAGCCCUGGUCCCUGGGGGAGGCCGCCAGGAGAGGGGUUUGUUGAUGUGGGACCGGGAGCACAGGUCUGGAGACGCCCUGGGAACCCGCCCAGGCGGAGGCCGGAGCUCAUCGUAUGAGGGAUGUGUUUUGUUGCACAAAUGACCCAUGUGGAUGGGGCGUCAGGAAUGUUCCCAAAGCACUUUAACAUUCCUUCACACAGCACUUACUGAUCACGUGGUACAAAUAGGACAAGGUUUUUGACCCAUGUGUGCAAACGCCUCAGUGUCUUAAUUAUAGAUCACCGCUUCCUCUUUGUUCCAACCAGCACCACCCGGGGAGCGCAGCUCUCCUUACUGCAUGUACUU